AUGCAAAAAUUAAGAACACGAAAACCAAAGAAAAGGGUUAAUAAAAUUUCCACUGUUCCAAAAUAUAAUAAAGAUAAUAAGCUAACAACUAAUAACAAAAGAAUCCGAUGGUCAAGCAGAGUCCAGCAAGUCUCAAAUGAUGCUGUAGAUCCACCAUUUCUCCCGGAUGAUGUCAUCAAUAUUAUAUUUGAAUAUUUGCCAUUCAGUUCUAGAUUUAACUGUUUGGUCAAUAGGAGUUGGUGUCGCCUUAUGAUCCCUAUUCUUUGGAGAUCACCUUUUAAAUGGAUUUCCAAACGUGGCUUGAAUGACAAAUAUAUUUAUCUAAUUCGAACUUACCUGUCAUGUCUAGAUCCUGUCACUAAAGCAAAUUUGCGACAAGCUGGUAUUAAAUUACCAAGAAAUCCUAAACAACCUUUGUUUAGAUAUCAUCAAUACCUUAAGGAGUUUAAUUUUAGAGAUAUUCAAACAUGUAUUAGAAUAUGGUAUGAUAACACACAAAUUAUUGAUCCAGCUUUGAAAGAUUACUGGUCACGGUUUAGAAAUAAAGAUAUAAGAUCAACAGAAAUUUUUGAAAUUGGUAAUAAGAUAAUGUAUUUGAUGACAGAAAUCACACGACUCUUAUUCAAUUCUACAUGCUUGAAAGAAUUUGCUUUUGGAGGAAAUCCUAAAUUCAAAUUAUCUUUUGAAACCUUCCCGGAAUAUAGACUUGUUGCUGAGAAUGUAACUUCUUUAUCAUUGGAUCCUAUUUUCACAGAAUUCUAUGAUAACUGGGAAGCACUUUUGAAUCCUUUCACCAAUAUUAAAAGGUUAUACGUACCAUUUUAUCAUCUCGAAAAAACUAGAUUUCGUGAUGACAUGAAUAUUUUUGUACGACAUUUAUCUCCACGUGCUUUAAUGGUUUUGACUUGGCUUGGACUCUCUAAUUUUCGUCUAUGCUUGGAAUCUUUGGAAGUUCUAUCUAAUUGUCCAAAUUUAGAAACCUUAGUAUUUUGGAAUUGUACAAAAAAGACCAAUGUACAAAAUCAAUUAUUACCAAUUACUCAAUUUCUUUCUGUUAAAAGUCUUUUCAUCUUUUACAGUAAUCAUGAUUUUAAACCAAUUUUUCAGAUGACAGAAAAAACAUUAAAAGAGAUUGUUCUUGACAAUUCAUCAGAGAAUACAAAAGUAAUAUUGGAUGCGAUGAUUCUACACUCACCAAAUAUUACUAGAUUAGCAUUGCACGUUAAUAAAAUGGAUAUCUUAUCUGAAAAAUUUAAUAAAUGGAUGGAACUAUCAAAAUUGGAAUCACUGAUUUUGAAAUCAAAGGAUGCAAAAUUUAAAUCAUUUAUUCAAGUAUUAGUUACACAUUUCCCCGAAUCUCUUACUGAUUUAGACCUUGACAUUGCAAUCACAUCAACUUUAUUAAGAAAAAUUUUGAACAUUUGUAACGUGAAUUUUAAAAAAUUGGGAUUAAAUGAUAAAUGUGGAAUUACUGAUGACCAUUUACGAAUAUUGACAAAGUAUGCUGAGCAUUAUAAAAGUUUAGAAGAGGUUAGAUUUGAUAGGUGGGCAGUAAUUUAUAAAAAUCAAGAAACGAAAAUAAAACUUGAAUCGGGAGAAUUUUCAAAAUUAAGCAAAGCAGUGCUUGAAAAGGCAGGAAGAUUUAUUAAAUUUAUUAGAAGGGAUUCAUACGACCCGUUUUUUAAUCCAAUGUAUUCUUAUUAA